AUGUUCUCAAGCUUUCGGUGUGCGCCUGCAAGCGCGUCUCAACCGAACAAUGGUGACCACCAAGGACAGCCAACUCAAGCUGGGGCCCGCCUUCUUCGACGCACCAGCACCGCAAACAGCCUUCCUCCUCCCGAAGAUGAGUCUGCACCCCGAGACAACAAGCGGAAAGCGACGGAUGACCCCCCAGUGGUGGCACGCGAUGGGAUAGACAGAGUCGAUGGAACCACGAUUACUAUGGACUUCUACUGCUUGGAUGAUGCGUACAAGUGCUGCACCUGCAAACAAGUCGUCAAGAACACUUCUGUACACAUCAAGAAUCAGCACUCGAAGGUUCCCUUCAAAUGCGAGAAUUGUCCCUCUCUCGUACUCAAGACUCAGGAAGCAUUUAAUGCCCACAUCAUGGACAGGCAUCCUUGGAAGGUGGGGAGGAUAUAUGAUGCAGUCAUCCCUCCUCCCGCUCCAGUUUUCGAGGCACCACCUACCAAGCGCCAGAAGAGGGCUGUAAAUCCAGCGCCGCGCGUACAACAAACGCGCAACGAUCAAGGUGGUUAUUAUAGACACCAUACAUUCGAUGGAGCUCCUACCGCUCCAACUCUCCCUAUGGCUCCUGUCUUUGGACCUGUCUUCUAUCCCGGGCGGACCCCUCCCAUGCAAUUCUUCGCCAGUUUCAUCGCGUUCACGAAGGAUCUCUCUAUCAAGGACAGAGUUAGCGUUUACGUCCGAUGCGUACCGCCUUUGCUCGAGUUCGCUCGCAGCGAAGCUGGCAACGCUUCCAAGGAACUUACCGAAGCGCACUUCCACUUCCAGAAUGUCGGAAUCGGCCUCAACUUCGACUUGGCUUUCGAGACCUUAAGAGAGUAUCCUUCCGCCCUCGCCAAUGCCGAUAUCACGAAACACAUAGACUUGAUCGCUGAAGAAGCUUGCAAGUAG